GUGCUGAAGUUAGGAAGAAUCCUCGGACACGGAUGUCCUCUUGGACUACUACCGAAGGGCAGUAGAGUAUGUGUGGGUAUCCUACCUGUAUUGUACCGCGCUGCCGCAGGACCGCAAGAAUAGACUUAGGGUAUGUAUAAACCGGGCUAUUUCGCUCUCGCCAAUCGACUCCAUGGGCUCAUGCAUCUAGGGGAAUCCCGCAGUUUUCCCGCCACUAAGAGCACGACCAAGCAAGCAUCCAACCGACACCCAUCAGUAUGCAUUGGCAGGCUCUCUCGAUCUCGCCGGCCCUGCUGGCUGUGUGUGGUUGCUGCCGAAGAUGAUGGCCCCGCUGGCUGGUUGCGAUAUGCUCGCGUUUCUUGCAAUUCGCAUUGCCCAGCGGAGCCUCCCUUCUCGCAUCGUUACCUUGAAUGCUACAGCCUCGAGUCCCAUUGAGACUGCAGGGGGAGGAGCUCCAGAAGGGAUUGAAUGACAUGUUUGGGAAGCAACUCAAGAUCGCCCACUCCGGCUGCCAGACGAGCUCCUCCUCGAUUGUCGUCGCAACUGUGGCUGACUACCGUCGACUGUGCAACGGGUCCGGGGGCGAUCCCUGAGCUCGAGGAAGAAGACGGCUUUUGGCUCGGCGCGCAGGGCGACAGCGUUCACAUCGUGGGCCAGAAUAGUCUUGGAGCUCUGUACGGUGCCUUGGAGUAUCUCUCCAUGCUUGCGCAAGGCCAUUUCUCCAGCGUCGCGUACGCCUCGAGUCCGCAUGCCCCCAUCCGCUGGGUCAACCAGUGGGACAACAUGGGUGGAAGCAUUGAACGCGGGUAUGCGGGCCCGUCGAUAUUCUUUUCCGGGUAGGUCAGAUCAAGCAGGAUCUCUCCCGAGUCCAGGAGUACGCUCGUAUGCUGGCGUCGGUGCGGAUCAAUGCGGUUGUGGUGAAUAAUGUCAACGCCAGAAUACAUCCUCGGCCACACGCCGUCCGUCUACAUACCUGGAUGGCCACUCGGCUCGACGCGUUACUUUCCCUGGCGUCAAGGUGGACCGCGGAGACCGGUUGAAGAUUGUCGGGCAGCCUGACGGAGUGGCGCCUGCGCCGGUGGAUUAUGUGUCGUUUGUUCCUCGCGGGUUGGUUGAUUGAUUGGUGGGAUGUAUCUAGCCAGUCUAUACAUAUCGAGUCGUGCGUAUUCCUGGACGAGAAGUGAUCUGGUUAAUUAGGGAUGAUUUGGUUGUGGGUGGUGUCGUAAUGCUGGAAAGUAGUAUAUAUUAAUAUCCGACAUCUUUUAGUACAUGCACGCUCUGUUCUAUUGUGGACAUC